UUGAACAAAACACAGCGGUUCUCUGCUAUCAUGGAGCAACACACACUUCUAACUCUGCAAAAUUAUGUGGAUGGGAAGUUUGUACCUUGCAAUUCUUACAUAGAUUCCAUUAAUCCUGCAACAGGUGAAGUCUACUGCAGAGUGCCAGACAGUGGCAAACAAGAGGUUGAUGCAGCAGUGCUUUCUGCCAAGGCUGCAUUCCCAGCAUGGUCUUCCAAGAGCCCCCAGGAAAGAUCUACAAUAUUGUACAAACUGGCAGACUUGAUUGAGAGUUGUUUGGAGGAGUUGGCAGUGGCAGAAUCUAAAGACCAAGGAAAAACCAUUGCAUUUGCCCGCACAGUGGAUAUACCUCGGUCAGUAUACAAUUUCCGAUUUUUCGCAUCUGCAAUCUUGCAUUAUACCACAGAAUGUACACAGAUGGAUGGCCUGGCCUGCAUGCAUUACACUGUGAGGACCCCUGUUGGAGUAGCUGGCCUUAUCAGCCCUUGGAACCUGCCACUUUACUUGUUGACCUGGAAGAUUGCACCUGCUAUUGCAUUUGGGAAUACAGUGGUUGCAAAGCCCAGUGAGAUGACAUCAGUUACAGCGUGGAUGAUGUGCAAACUUCUUAAAGAAGCAGGUGUCCCGCCAGGUGUAGUGAACAUUGUGUUUGGAACAGGUCCAAGAGCUGGAGAAGCUCUUGUGUGUCACCCUGAUGUUCCCAUCAUCUCAUUUACUGGCAGUACAGUGACAGCACAGCGCAUCAUUGAGAAAAGUGCCCCUUACUGCAAAAAAUUGUCUUUGGAGCUUGGAGGCAAGAAUCCAGCAAUCAUAUUUGAAGAUGCAAAUCUAGAAGAAUGCAUUAAUACCACUGUCCGGUCAAGUUUCUCCAAUCAGGGGGAGAUAUGUCUUUGUACUAGUCGGAUUUAUGUGCAAAAGACAAUCUAUGACGUCUUCCUAAAAAGGUUUGUGGAAGUCACCAAGAAGUGGAAGGUGGGAGCACCCUCAGAACCAACGGCAUCAAUGGGAGCACUGAUAAGUGCCAGUCACCUAGAAAAGGUUAGGAGCUAUGUGAAGAAAGCACUGGAAGAAGGUGCUACUGUGCUUUGUGGAGAAGGAGUAAAUGCCUUAGAUGUUCCAUUAAAAAACAAAGGGGGCUUUUUCAUGUUGCCCACAGUAAUCACGGGAUUAAAGGAAUCAUCUUGCUGUAUGCAGGAGGAGAUUUUUGGCCCAGUAACAUGCAUUGUGCCUUUUGAUUCAGAAGAAGAAGUGAUUGAAAAAGCAAAUGGUGUCAAAUACGGCCUGGCUGCUACUGUGUGGACAAGAGAUGUGGGUCGUGUUCACCGUGUCGCUAAGAAAUUACAUUCUGGGCUUGUCUGGACCAACUGUUGGCUUAUUAGAGACCUUAAUCUACCAUUUGGUGGCAUGAAGGCAUCGGGUCUUGGAAGAGAGGGCACAAAAGAUUCCUAUGAAUUCUUCACAGAGGUUAAGACUAUCACCAUAAAACACUGAUCCAUAGUGCUUUACUGUUUCAGAAUAAAAUAUAUACGUAUGUAUAAUUUCAAAAAUCUCAAUUAAUUCACUUACAUGUAGACUAAACCCCCAACACAUCCAUAUUUGUAUUCAAUGAUGUAAAGCAGGUUUGUGUGUUUUAUUAUAAACUAAAAUUUGCAGUGCA